GUGCGUGGUGACGCCGCCUGCUGCUGGAGCAGGAAACGUCAGUGACGUCGUCCCGCAGCUCCCACCUGGGACACUUUGUAGACACGCACGGAUGUUUAUUUGCGUUCUCAGCGAUCGGGAUGAGCGCGACGAAGAUGCUGGAGCAGCCAGUCGACAGAGCGUUCCUCGCGGGCAGGAAGGCAGGGAAAUGACCGGCUAGCUUAGCAGGCUGCUAGUCGCCGCUCCGUGGGAAAGCGGCUAAUCGUAGCUAAGCUAGCGACGUUUCACAUCUGAGCCGUCCGCGGGAGCCGCGAGCCCGACCGUGGGAGUGGAAGGACGCGCGACCUGGUUGAUAGAAAAGAGGAGAUGGAGCUGUUUCAAGCCAAAGACGAGUACAUCCUUCAGAGCGGGGACCGGGCGCUGUGGUGCAGCCGGAAGGACGGCUCCGUGACGGUUAGAGCGGCCACGGAUCUGCUGUUGGCCUGGAAUCCGGUCUGUUUGGGUUUGGUGGAAGGCAUCAUUGGAAAGAUCCAGCUUCACACAGACUUACCCUUGGGCCUGGUUUUAAUUCGCCAGAAAGCACUAGUGGGUCAUUUACCCGGAAACCACAAAGUCUAUAAGAUCACCAAGAUCGCUGUGAUUCCUCUGUCAGAUGAAGACCCUCUGGAGCUGGAGCUUGAGCUUUGCAAGAAACAUCAUUUUGGCAUCGAUAAGCCAGAGAAACUGACCCAGUCUCCAGAUGAUUCCAAGUUUUUGAGCAAAACUUUCAGUCAGAUUAAAUCUAAUGUGGCGGUUCCCAUCAAGAAAAAGUAUCCCCCUGCCUUCCAGGUCAAGGAAAACAAGGAGAAGGAGCGCCUGGAGAGGCGUCUGCUGGAGGAGCUCUACAAGAUAUUUAUGGAUUCAGACUCCUUCUACUAUAGCCUGACCUAUGACCUGACCAACAGCGUGCAGCGUCAGGGAGACUUGGACAGGUCGGGCUUACCUUUGUGGAAGCAGGUGGACGACCGUUUCUUCUGGAACAAACACAUGAUCCAGGAUCUCAUUGACCUUCAGGUCCCAGAGGCCGACUUCUGGGUGACCCCCAUCAUCCAGGGCUUUGUGCAGGUGGAGGAACUGGUGGUCAAUUACAACGAAACGUCUGAUGAGGAGCGGAGCAGUCCAGAGUCUCCACCAAAGGAGAUCACCUGCGUGGACGACAUCCACCCUCGCUUCACUGUGGCCCUGAUCUCAAGGCGAAGCCGGCACCGUGCAGGGAUGAGGUACAAACGAAGAGGGGUGGACACAGACGGUCAUGUGGCUAACUAUGUGGAGACCGAGCAGCUGAUCCACGUGCACAGCCACACACUGUCCUUUGUGCAGACGCGAGGAUCCGUGCCGGUUUUCUGGAGCCAGGCGGGGUAUCGCUACAACCCCCGGCCACGCAUCGAAAAAGGAGAGAAGGAGACCAUGUCGUACUUUGCUGCUCACUUUGACGAACAGCUCCGGCUUUAUAAGAAGCAGGUCAUCAUUAACCUGAUAGAUCAGAGCGGACGGGAGAAGAUCAUUGGCGAUGCGUUUUUGAAGCAGGUUCUGCUCUACAACAACCCAAACCUGACAUAUGUUUCUUUUGACUUCCAUGAACAUUGUCGGGGUAUGAAGUUUGAGAACGUGCAGACACUGACAGAUGCCAUCUCUGAUAUCAUCACUGAUAUGAAAUGGGCCUGGGUGGACCAAGCAGGAGUCAUCUGUAAGCAGGAGGGCUUCUUCAGGGUCAACUGUGUGGACUGUCUGGACAGAACCAACGUGGUUCAAGCUGCUAUUGCUCGGGCUGUGAUGGAGCAACAACUGAAGAAACUGGGCGUGAUGCCUCCAGAACAGCCCCUGCCCCUCAAAUGCUACCGGAUCUAUCAGGUCAUGUGGGCCAACAACGGCGACACCAUCAGCAGACAGUAUGCAGGAACUGCAGCACUCAAGGGAGACUUCACCAGGACAGGGGAGAGGAAACUGGCUGGAGUGAUGAAAGAUGGCGUGAACUCCGCCAACCGUUACUACCUGAACCGUUUCAGAGACGCCUAUAGACAAGCGGUUAUUGAUUUGAUGAUGGGUGUGCCGGUCACAGAGGACCUCUAUUCCAUCUUUAGUAAGGAGAAAGAGCAUGAAGAGAAGGAGAAGGAGAGCCAGAGAGGAGCCCAGGAGCAGGUCAGCCUCCUGCUGCAAACUUACAUGCAGCUGUUACUGCCAGAUGAUGAGCAGUUCCAUGGCGGUUGGGCCCUCAUCAGUUGUGACAUGAGCCUUAUUGAUGCAAACAGCAAAGACGUGGACGUGUUGUUGCUCCUCUCUGACAAAGCUUAUUACAUCGCUUACUACGAUGAAGAGGCAGAUAAAGUGGAUCAGUACCAGCGGCUGAACUUGGAGGGCCUGGAAAAGAUUGAGAUUGGUCCAGAGCCGACUCUGUUUGGGAAGCCAAAGUUCUGCUGCAUGCGUUUGCACUACAGGAAUGGAGACACAAGCGGAUACUUCCACACUCUGAGAGCAGCAACACGCAACCCCGAGGAUGAUGGGAAAGAUACUCUGCAGUGCAUCGCUGAGAUGCUUCGUAUAACCAAACAGUCUGUAGGCCUCGACCUGCUGGUGGUUGAGAAGCGGUUAGAAAGGCGGCAGAGCAAACCUCAUGAGGACAUAAUGGGGAUCCAGAACAAACCUGCUGACCAACCUCAGGGCAGUUCGGGUCUGGCUCAGGGCAGGAGUUUCCUCCUCAACAAGUUCUCCUCUCUCAAUCAGAAGGUGAAACAGACAAAGACAAACAUUGGCCCCUUCAAGCCCCUGGGCAAACUCGGGAACUUCUCCAAGCCGGAGGUGACGGUGAAUUUCCUGAAACCAAAUAUGCAAGUGAACCUGUGGAAGUCUGACAGCAGCCUGGAGACAUCCGACGGCCCCGUCACGGGGGCCCUGAAAAACAUUGAUGGCAAGGACUCCUCGGAUUCAGACUCCUACAAUUCUGACCCGGAGCAUCCUUGCUCAGGCUCUUUAGAAAAAGUAGACUAUGUUCUCCCCAGCUGUGGUAUCGUAGCAUCAAACCCACGUCUGGGGAGUCGGUCCCAGUCCAUCAGCAGCGCAGAACUUACUGUUCCCUCAGUUGUCCAGGUCACGGGCUGUGACGGAACAGAAGAUGGUUCCUCUCAAGUCAGCAGUGACCGAUCGCCCGGAGCUGCUUCAGUGGCUGAAGAAGCCAUUCUUAUUGACUUUGGCACUCCAAUUGAGGCCUACUGUCACCAGUUCGUCCAGGAUGCACACACCAAACCCGUUGAGGUGUUUGGAGAACGUCCAGCAGCUGCUGUAGCUCCACUCCACCCUGUGCAAAUUAAAACACUGGGAGACUCAGACAAGCAUCCGGUCCCAGAGGUGCAGAACCAGCGUGAGCCUCAGCCCCCAAGGCCUUCUCAGCUAGAUGUUGAAACCUCUACCUCCACCUCCAACCUCCUCUCCGUCCAGAAACCUGGCUCUGCUGUCUCAGGAGGCUCACUGAAGAGCCUGUCUUCCCAAAUGGAGGGCAGCCUCGGACCCUCGCCGGCUGACAGCAACGGCAGCCGGGUGGUGUCGCCCUUCGCCAAGAUCAAGAGCUCCAUGGUCCAGGUGGCCAGCUUCACCCAGGCUGGACUGACCCAAGGCAUCAACUAUGCUGUUGCAAAGGUACAGAAGAGCCCAGAGCCAGACACGGUGAAUGAAGCCCAGGAGAACGAGUUGAAGGCAAUGUUCACGCAGUGCCAGACCAGGAUCAUCCAGAUCUAGAGCUUCUCAGGAGCAGGAGGCUGUAGUCAGACUUUUUACCCCUUCAUGGUAGCAGAAAGCUUGCACAUAUCCUGGCUCAGCAGUAUUCAUGUGGACACACAUUGGUUCCCUCACAUCUCCAGCACCAGGCUGGUGGUGUUUUUACUUACCAAAUAUGGGUCAAUGUUUGUACCUCAUUAAAAAACUGCAACAAAAAUGACACCAAACCUAAAAAAUAAGUAGAUCAAUGCUUUAGAUCGACAGAAAAGCUCCGAUUCACUCCAGACAUUCCUCCACUGUUAAAGUUUAACGUAUUCUUCAAGUCCACGAUAAGUUUGAAACCAAGAAACUCCAAUCAGAGGAACAUGUUUUUUUAAAGCUCUCCCACACUCGGGUCAUUCAUCACGGUAGAUCAGAAACAAUAGACUGUGUUCUCAUUGUUGUAGAGCUCAUCACUGUUGUAACACAAAUCCACUGUAAUCCCAAAGGAUGGUGUGUCGAUAUUAUCCUUUGUACAGCUCUCCCACGGUAGCCAGGUGACGUUCUGUGCGUAGUUUUUCUGUGAUGUCGAGUAAACGUAGACGAGAUCUGCUUUAGAUGAGGUUGUUCAUGGUCCAAAUGUCCUUGAUGGAGCUUGUUCCGUUGGUGGUUGGGUGCAGACUUGCUUUGACACCUUUGAACCAGAAUCAUGUUUUUUAUUAUUAUUUUGCGGUUCUGCUAACGAUGGUUAACCGCCCGGGACGUACGUUCAUCCUGCAUGUUAGAUAUAUGCAGCCACGCCCACUCAUGGAUCAGAAACACUGGCGCUUUAUGCACUCCCCAGCAGAAGUCCUGUUUGCCUUAAGGGGGAGGGGGGUUGUAGUUGUGUGAAUCUGUUGCAUUGGGUGCAAGUCUGUUCAGGGUUACUGUCAGCUCUGGUUGGGUCUUUCUGUUGAACGCUUUUGCUGGAUAGGAUGUCCCUCUGCUGAGACUUUUCUAGAUUAAUAUUAAUUUAAGUAAGUUUGGAUUCAGACAGCCUGAUUGGCAGGACUUUAUCACAGAUGGAUGGAUGGCAUUGGUCAGGUGUCCUGCUGAAGCAGAAACAUCUCUGGAUGAAGCUUUGUGGGUUUUAUUCGUUUCGCUGCUGGCUGAUGUACAUUUCUGCAGGUUUAUGUUCAGACUGUAGUGCUGGCUGCUGAUGGAUGUGGUGCUGCCAAAGCUUUAGGCCAUUGCUGGGGUGCAGAUAUUUAAUACUGAGGGUUAGAGAGGAAGCUGCAGGAAGCGCCGUUUCCCACAUUCCACAGUGACAGUGUCGUUAUACGCAGGAGCCGGCAGUUUCUUUCUCUGCUGAGAUUCAUUUUCACACCAAGCGCAUUUGCAUCCUCCUCCACAGUUCAUUUGUUGUGGUUGUCCUCCGCUUCCUUCAGGAUCUUCAGCCAGAAUGUCACCGUGAGAUCUUGCUGUUUGAUUUGCACUGUUGAAGCACCUCCUCCUGAACGUCUGCUGUCAUGUUUCCGCUGUAUUGAGAUUGUAUAUUAAAGGACCAUAUUUAUUA